AUGCUUGAACAGGGCUCCGAGGGCGGUCCUGGUGCCGCGGUAUCCGCCAGCGAGGCGUACACGCCCCCUGUUCCACACCCAGCUUUACGUCAUUUCGCGGACCUCACGCGCGGUUUCCCACUACCUACCUGCCCCCGACAUUCCUCGCAGACAGCACGAGCAGGCUUUUGCCCCGCGCGCGCGUCGCCCCGGCCCCUGCGCGCCGCGCGGGCGCCGCCACGGCCCGCGGCGCCGCCUCGCGCCCCGCCCACCGCCGCGCCGCGCCGGCCGCGCCCGGCGGCGCUCGUGGCGCGCUCGGCGACGAAGCAGGCCGGCACGCUGUCCCAGGAGGGCCAGGUCCUCGCGCAGCUGGAGCGAAUCAUCGACCCGGACUUUGGCCAAAACAUCGUCGAGUGCGGCUUCAUCAAGAAUCUCGACAUCGCCGGCGCCACCGUGUCGUUCGACAUCGAGCUGACGACGCCCGCGUGCCCGAUCAAGGACAAGUUCGAGCGCGACGCGCACGACUUCGUCGCGGAGCUCCCGUGGGUGGAUGAGGUCAAGGUGACCAUGACGGCGCAGAAGACCGACCCGAUGAUGGCCGGGAACGGGCGCCCGGGCGGGCUCGCGAAGGUCAAGCACGUCAUCGCGGUGUCGUCCUGCAAGGGCGGCGUCGGGAAGUCCACCACGUCGGUCAACCUGGCCUUCACGCUGGCGCAGAUGGGAGCCAAGGUCGGGAUCUUCGACGCCGACGUGUUCGGACCGUCCCUCCCGCAGAUGAUCAGCCCCGAAGUCGCAGUGCUGAAGGCGGACGAGUACACCGGCAAGAUCCACCCGGUGGAGUACAUGGGCGUCAAGGCGGUCUCCUUCGGGUACACUGGCUCUGGCGCCGCGGUCAUGCGCGGGCCGAUGGUCGCCGGACUCGUCCAGGAGCUCCUCGUGGCGCCGGAGUGGGGCGAGCUGGACUACCUCAUCCUCGACUUCCCUCCCGGCACCGGCGACGUCCAGCUGACGAUCUGCCAGACGCUGGCCAUCACGGCGGCGGUGAUCGUCACGACGCCGCAGAAGCUCGCGUUCAUCGACGUGGCCAAGGGCAUCCGCAUGUUCGCGAAGCUGCGCGUCCCGUGCGUCGCGUGUGUGGAAAACAUGAGCUACUUCGUCGCGGAGGACACUGGCAACACCUACUACCCCUUCGGCAAGGGCUCCGGCGAGCGCAUCCAGCAGGAGUUCGGGCUCCCGAACCUCGUCCGCAUGCCCAUCAUCCCGGACCUGUCCGUCGCGGGCGACACGGGCGUGCCGCUCGUCGUCUCGAAGCCCGCGGGCGAGACCGCGCACCGCUACGGCGACCUCGGCGCGGCGGUCGUGCGCGAGGUCGCGAAGCUCGAGGCCGCGCCGAAGCAGCCCGUGCGGUACGACAAGGCGCUGAACGCGCUCGUCGUGCGGCUCCCCGGGGAGGAGGAGUUCUUGCUCGACCCCCCCACCGUGCGGCGCAACGACAAGUCCGCCGUGUCGGUGGACGAGUGGACGGGGCAGCGGCUGAUCCAGGACGAGGACAUUCCGGACGACCUGACGCCCGAGGAGGAGUUCGGGAUCAACCCCCUGGGGAACUACGCGGUGCAGAUCAACUGGAAGGAUGGGUUCAACCAGGUGGCGACGUUCGAGCAGCUGCUGGAGAUGCCGCGGCUGGAGCUGGACGAGGACGAGGCGCGCGAGCGGAUGAUGGCGGCGGCGGUCGUGCCGGACCUGUCGGACGAGUGGGAGACGUGA